AUGAAUAAAGCUGAGGAAAGUGCUAAUUAGUUUUUUGUGAUUGAACGUAAGACAAUAACAUAAAUAAUGUAGAGAUUGAAAUGAGUAGUGAGAGUGAACCUGAAGAUUUGGAGGAUUUGGAUGAUUUGAAUGAUAUCAAACACGAAGAAGAUAAUCUCAAUGAUUUAGAUAAGAUUAUAACUGAUGUUAAAAGUAAGUAUUCUAUUCUAUAAUUAAUUAGAGGAAGAUUAUAUACCUAAACCAAUAACAAAAACUUAAGAUUUAAAAAUCCCAGGUCUUGUAAAUAGAUUGGAAGUGGUCGAUGACUUUAUUCGUAACUUCCUCAUUAAGAAUCAAAUGAAUCGAAGUCUAGAAGUAUUUCAAGUAUUUUAUAUCAUUAAUUAUUCUUAGUAAGAAUGGUAUGAACUCUCAUAGAAAGGUAAAUUGGCUACAGAUGGUAUGGGUCAAGUAACAGAUGUUUAUAUUUAAAAUGAAAAACUCAAAGAAGAACUCAAAUAUGUAAGAGGAGAGUUGGAUAAAGCUAAAAUUGUUGCUGAAAAUGCCAAAUCUACUUAUGAUAAAUUGAGAAAAGAAAGAGAUUUCCAUAAGAUGCAUCAUCAUAGAGUUCAAUAAGAAAAAAGGAAAUUGAAUCAUGAUAUUGAUAAAUUAAAAGGAUUACAUCUACAAUAUGAGACCAAAUAUGAGGAACUAUCCUAAAAGUAUUCACAUGCUAUGAAAGAGAAGAUGUUAUUGAAAUUAGAAAGAGAUAGAUUGGUGGCAAAAAAUGAUGCACUCUAAAGAAGUUUAUAAAAUGUAAAUUUAUAAAGUUAAAUAUUAAAAAAGGUUGAAGAAAAGAUUAACAAAGAGAAAGAACCAGGAAGUCCUACAGAUAAACUUCCUUUAGUUGAUACAAAGGCCAACACUAAGAAAGCAUCUACUAAAGCUAAUACCCCAUUCCCUCCUGAUGAUAGACCUAAUCCUUAUGCAGGUACUCAAAUAGAACCACAAAAUUACAGAAAUGCAAUCUUAAAUAAAACAUAGAAAGGACAUAUGAUGGCAAUAUCAUCUAUGGAUAUGCAUCCAAAGAAAUCAAUAGUUGCAACUGCAUCAGAUGAUUUCACUUGGAAGAUUUGGACAUUACCAUAAUGUGAAUUAAUUAUGUCUGGAGAAGGCCAUAAAGAUUGGGUCAGUGGAAUACAUUUUCAUCCUAAAGGAAGUCAUCUAGCUACAUCAUCAGGUGAUUGUACAAUUAAAGUCUGGGAUUUCAUUAAUGCUUCAUGCACUCAUACAUUUAAAGAUCACAUUUAGCCUGUUUGGGGUGUUAAAUUUAAUGAUACUGGAGAAUUCAUUGUAAGUGCUAGUAUGGAUCAUACAUGUAAAGUAUUCGAUUUAGCUUCUGGUAAAACUAGACAUACAUUCAGAGGACAUGUAUUUUAUUUCAUUUAUUAUUAAAGGUUGAUUCUGUCAAUCAUGUAAGUUUCUAACCAUUUUCUAACAUUUUUACUUCUGCUUCAGCUGAUAAAACUAUUUCAUUAUGGGAUAUUAGAAGUGGAUUAUGUGUUUAAACUUUCUAUGGUCAUUUGAAUAGUGUUAAUCAUGCCACUUUUUCAUUAAAAGGAGAUAGUAUUGCCAGUUGUGAUGCUGAUGGAAUUGUUAAAAUGUGGGAUGUCAGAAUGGUUAAAGGAAGAUCAUAAUUUGAUGCAGGUCCUUAUUCUGCUAAUGCUGUUUCACUUGAUAAAAGUGGCACUAUUCUUCUUGUUGGAUCUGAUGAUCAAUAAAUCAGACUGUAUAAUGAAACCACAUAGAAAGUAUUAUCUUUAUUUACUUAUUUAUUAGUAAGAACACACCUUGAAAGGACAUGAAGAUGCUGUCUAAGAUGUUGCAUUUGAUUACAAUAGCAAAAUGAUUAUUAGUUGCGGUUCUGAUGCUACUUUUAGAAUUUAUUAAUGAU